AUGCUUCGAUCACGGCCAUUGUUUUCCCCGGUGCGAGCUGGUGCGGCCAUCAGAAACAAUGCCACGGCCACGCCUUUUGUUGUAGGCCGCGCCGUUUCCCUGGCGGUCGGUCGCGAGGCCGCAUCGCAGAGCCGCCCGAUGCACACAAAGACAUCACGUCGAGUGCAUCCGCUGGCGUUCAAGCUGGCAACGCCGCCCUCGACGCGCUUCCUCAUCGCGUACUCGACAGACUCCAAGUCACGACCCCCCGUCAAGCUCAAAAUUGACCGUGAGCACGAGAAGGAGGUCGGCCAGCAGAAGCUCGAGGCGCGGCCCGGCGAGGUGACGGUCGAGUCGUCGCGGCGACACUUCCGCGAGCCAAACGAACGGCGGCCGUUGGAUGACGAGCCGCCGAUGAUGGACAGCUUGAAAGCCGAUGCAAACUCGAUCAAAAAGACGCUGUCCCUGACCGAGGUGCCCCGCGAAGUGUACGCGCUGGGCCUCAGCGGCACCGUCCCGUACUUUUUGACAUCGCUGUCGACCGUCUAUUUGGGGUGGACCUUGCGCAACAGCUACCCGACGUCGUCGACCCUGAUGAACACCUUCAUGGUCAGCCACGAGACGGCGCACCAGUGGCUGGCGAUGCUGGAGCCCAUCCAGCUGGGGUUUGGCGCCGUCAUCAUCUCGUUCCUUGGUGCCGUGCAUUGGGGCAUGGAAUUCAACGAAAAGACGCCGUCGCACGACCGCACCCGCUUCCGCUACGCCAUGGGUGUCCUCGCCCCCGCCAUUGCCUGGCCGACGCUUCUGCUGCCCGUGCACUUUGCCCUGACGGGCCAGUUUUUCGCAUUCACGCUGCUGUACUUUGCCGACAGCCGCGCGACCAAGAUGGGCUGGGUGCCGCCGUGGUACUCGACGUACCGCUUCGUCCUGACGUUUGUCGUGGGCAGCGCCAUCCUGGUCAGCCUCAUCUUCCGCGCCAAGAUCGAAGACGUGGGCGAGAACAUGACGGAGCGCCUGGCCAAGGGCAUGCACCAGCGCGGCACCGGCGCAGAGGACUACACGGAGAAGUGGGCCAAGCUCGAGCAGGCCGACAAGGAGAAGGCCAAGAAGGAAGAGGAGGAGCGGAAGAAGCAGGAGAAGAAAGCGAAGAAGGACAAGAAGAAGAAGGGCGGCGAAGAGGGCGAGGACAAGGCCCAAGGGAAGCCCAAGGACGACGAAGAGAGCUCCGACGAGGGCGACGAAGGUGACGGCAACGGCGAUGGCGACGAGAAGAAGGACGACGAUGCGGACAAGGACGACGGAAACGACAGCAGUGAUGACAAGCCGGAGGAUGGAAACAAUGCCGACGACAAGACCAAGGGCGACGAGAAGAAGGGAGCCGUCGACGGCGACUCGUCCUCAAAGAAGAAGUCGGCAAAGGGUGACGAGGAGUCGAAGAGCAAGAAGUAG